AUGUCUCUGGUAAGCAAGAAUGCGUGUCACCGCAGCGCAGAGACCACUGCAGAUUACAGCGACUUCCAUGGUGAGAUGCAGGCUACUGAUGCCUCUGGGCUCCCCGUCUCCAUGAUAGUUCCUGAUGCCCCCCAGGGCCCUCAGGCGCCGGUCGACCCUCAGGUUGCCAGCGCUUCCCAGGCUGCGCAGGACCCAAAAGACCUCGAUAUGCUGAUUGAUGAGCAGUCCCGACGUUUGGGGGCGCUCAGGGUGCACGAUCCUCUAGAAGACAGGUCGAUUGCUUUGGUGAAUUUCAUGCGCAUGAAAAGCCAAAUCGAGGGGUCUAUUCAGCAGACAGAGAUGCUGGAGUUCCUCAGAGAAUACUCAGAUCAGUUCCCUGAGAUCCUCAGACGAGCCUCAGCCCAUCUGGAUCGGGUCUUUGGGUUGAAUCUGAGGGUUCUUGAUCCCCAAGCUGACACCUACAACCUAAUCAGCAAACGGGGUCUCCAGACCAAUGAUUGGAUAGCAGAAUCCCUGGACAUGCCAAAGGCAGGUCUCUUGGCCUUGGUCCUAGGUCACAUUCUCCUAAAUGGUAACCGAGCAAGAGAGACCUCCAUUUGGGAUCUGUUGCUAAAGGUUGAUGUAUUAGGUGAGCCCCAGAGGAUCAACAUCCCCUUUGGGAACACAAGGAACCUCCUAACUACUGACUUUGUGCGUAUGCGAUUCUUGGAGUACUGGCCAGUUUAUGGCACUAAUCCCCUCGAAUUUGAGUUCUUGUGGGGUUCUAGAGCCCACAAAGAAAUCACAAAGAUGGAAGCCCUGAAGUUUGUGGCAGAGGCCCAUGAUGAAGAACCCUGGAGCUGGCCAGAAGAAUAUAAUAAGGCCCUAGAAGCUGACAAGGCCAAAGAAAGAAGCCAGGCUGCUGGCUUAGAGUUCUGGUCAGAAGACACUAUGAAUGAUAAGGCAAAUGAUUUGGUCCAGUUGGCCAUUAAUGUCACAGAGGAGUUGCUACCUAUACAUCAGGAUGAGCUAUUAGCUCACACUGGCAAAGAAUUUGAGGAUGUGUUUCCAAAUAUCCUCAGUCGAGCUACUCUAAUACUUGAUCUGUUCUAUGGGUUCUCUCUGAUUGAGGUUGAUACCAGUGAGCACAUUUACCUCCUUGUCCAGCAACCAGAAUCAGAAGAAGAGCAAAUGAUGCUAGAGAGCCUGGGGAGACCCACUCAAGAAUAUGUGAUGCCAAUCCUGGGUUUGAUCUUCCUGAUGGGCAACCGUGUCAAAGAGGCCAAUGUCUGGAAUUUGCUUCGGAGAUUUGGUGUGGAUGUAGGGAGAAAGCAUGCCAUCACCUGCAAACUUAUGAGACAGCGCUACUUGGAAUGCAGGCCACUCUCCUAUUCUAAUCCAGUUGAAUAUGAGCUUCUAUGGGGUCCUCGAGCUCACCUUGAAACCACCAAAAUGAAAGCCCUGGAGUAUAUGGCCAGGCUCUACAGAAAACAACCACAGGAUUGGCCAGAGCAAUAUAGGGAGGCUGUUGAAGAUGAGGAGGCCAGAGCCAGAUCUGAGGCAACUGCCAUGUUCUUCUUUGGCCCCAUGUGA